AUGUGUACGUGCUUUUCCAAUAUUAGGUCCAUCACCCCUGGCCCAGGAAGCUAUGAGGCAACACCGUUCAGCGUCUACAAGCCUCGCACACCGUCGGUUCACAUCUCUACGCGGCUGAAGAGUGGCAAGCGCGAUGGCCCGGGGCCGGGAAGAUAUGAUUUCAACGAGCUUUCUUCUUCGUUUCUGUCGGGUAUACAGAGCCACAAUUCCUCUCAGCAACUAACCAAGGCUCAGCUGACCCGAGCUCAUCUGUCAGACUUUGGAGGAACGCAGUCAGGGAUGCUAAGCGCGGAUAGCUCUUACCUGAGUGCUACAAUGAGUAGAUCGACCACCCCGAUCCUCAUAUACUCAGAGGACAUGCAGACAACGGCCCAGACCGAACUAAGCAGGAGCAGCACCCACACUAAGGCACCAGCACACUCCUUUGGCGCUUGUGGUCGCUCAGCAGGGGGGCCGUUUGACGUUAGAUACGCCAUGGAUUUCUCGAACAUAGGACCGAAAUACACCCCCAAAACGUCCCUUACUAAGACGGCAAGCCCUGCUAUACACAUCGGGUCGCGGCUUCCAGACCUUUCCGCGCGGUCUAAUACCCCCGGGCCUGGGAGUUACUCCCUAGACAGAAAUCCGGACUUUUCGGUACAAUCUAGAGCAGAUAUCAUUAGGAGGCGUGCCCUUCUUGCAUCUCGCUCCAAGAGACAGGCUGAUAACGUUGCUAGUUCAGUGUCUGAGAAGUUUAUACCAGAAGCCUCCAAGCCGCGAAGCUACUGUCCUCAUCUCUCAACAACUAUACUACCAAGCGUCCGAGGCCCUGCAUUUACCCUUUCCAGUCGCACGCCCCUGCGGAUUUUCGGCCAGUAUUAG